UCGCCGCAGAAAGUGUUCCGCAACUUCCAGUACCGCAAACAGACUAAAGACCAGUGGGCCCGGGACGACCCUGCAUUCCUGGUGCUGCUCAGCGUCUGGCUGUGUGUGUCGACGGUGGGCUUUGGUCUGGUUCUAGAAAUGGGUUUUGUGGAGACGUUGAAGCUGUUGCUGUGGGUGGUUUUCAUCGAUUGUGUCGGAGUCGGGUUGCUCAUAUCUACACUCAUGUGGUUUGUCACAAACAAAUAUCUACUGAAACACCCUAGCCGAGAUUACGAUGUGGAGUGGGGCUACGCGUUUGACGUCCAUCUAAACGCUUUCUACCCUCUCCUGGUCAUUCUGCACUUUCUACAGCUAUUCUUCAUCAACCAUGUUGUGGUUAUAAGUUCAGACUGGUUCCUGGGUUAUUUUGUGGGAAACACCUUGUGGCUUAUAGCCAUCGCUUACUAUAUUUACAUCACAUUCCUGGGCUACAGCGCACUUCCGUUCUUAAAGAACACUGUGGUGCUUCUCUAUCCCUUCGCUUUGCUCGGACUCCUGUAUGUUUUCUCCAUUUCGCUCGGCUGGAACUUCACUAAAGGUCUCUGCUGGUUCUACAAGCACAGGGUCCAGUAAAGGACAGCAGAACACAUUGCGUCAGUGUGCUCUUAAAGACGGAUUGGAAAGUGUGUUGUCACUCUUGGGACUUUCUGACUUUUUGUAUUAUCUGUAAAUAUCAGUUUGGUUGUAGAGGAAAAGAAUUUCAAUUGUUUAUGGUGUCAUGAACCUUUUUUCCCCCCUAAUUUGAUACUCAGCCCUCAUUUAAUGUUGUGAUGUGUUUUUGAAAACGCAAACACGGGAAAGUGCAUAAAAUAUCUGCUAGGAUGCUGCACUUUUUACUUGUGAAAACGUGUACAAU